UCUCCUCUCCUCCUCUCCUCUCCUCUGUCCCGGGCUCUGUCUCAGUCCAACCUGCUCCCCCGAGCGCUUCGAUGGAAUUCUUUGGCGUCACUGGAGGAGGCUGGAGACGAGGCGCUUCCACGGGAUAGAGUCCAGGGGUCCGGUCUUUGGUGGCUCUGCCUUCUUCAGCUUCAGCUGGACGGUGAAAGCCCCUCCGGCAGGCAGAGCUGGUCCUUGUUCCUGAGCGCUGAAGCCAUGGRCAGGCCGGGGGGGUCGGCCGGGCCUCCUCUGGUGUUAGCGAUGGGCUUCACCCACCUGGCUCUCGUGUUCCUCUGCGGCGGGGUCUCCAGCUUACUUCAACCCAUGCCAAGAGUCUUCCUGUCCUUUGACGACCUGCAGGCCUCCCAGUCCUUUGAGCACUACAACAUAUCAGACAAAGCCAUGGACUACAGGAUCCUUCACAUGGAUGAGGACCAGGACAGGAUGUAUGUGGGCUGCAAGGACCACGUUCUCUCCAUGGACCUCAACAACAUCACCCAUGGCACAYUAAAGAUGUUUUGGCCUGCAUCUACAAGCAAAAUAGACGAAUGUCAAAUGGCAGGCAAGGACCCAACACAUGGCUGUGGGAACUUCGUCCGGGUGGUGCAGCCGUACAACAGAACUCACCUGUUUAUGUGUGGCAGUGGAGCGUACAGUCCAGUUUGCGUGUACAUCAACAGGGGCCGAAGACCAGAGGAACAAGUAUUUUACCUCGACUCGAGGACUGAACCAGGAAAAGGGAGGUGCUCGUUUAACCCUCGAGUGAACACGGUCUCUGUCAUGAUCAAUCAGGAGCUCUUCUCUGGCAUGUACAUUGACUUUAUGGGGACAGAUGCUGCCAUCUUCAGGAGCCUCACCAGGAGGAACGCAGUGCGGACAGAUCAGCACAACUCUAAAUGGCUGAGUGAGCCGAUUUUUAUUGAUGCCCACCUGAUCCCAGACGGAACGGACCCAAAUGAUGCCAAAUUGUAUUUUUUUUUCCGGGAGAGACUGACAGACAACAGUGGAAACACUAAAAACAUCCACACCAUGGUUGCCAGAGUGUGCCCAAAUGACAUUGGAGGGCAGCGCAGCCUCGUAAACAAGUGGACCACCUUCCUUAAAGCCAGGAUGGUGUGCUCGGUGCUGGAGGAGGACGGCACAGAAACCCAUUUUGAUGAACUCGAGAGCGUGUUUUUGCUGGAAACGGAUCAGCCCAAAGGCCUGUUGCUKUUUGGAGUCUUCACAUCCACAAGCUCCGUGUUUAAAGGCUCCGCGGUGUGUGUGUACAACAUGGCAGACAUCCUGACCGUCUUCAACGGGCCYUUUGCCCACAGGGAGGGACCCAACUUUCAGUGGGUGGCAUUUCAGGGCCGCAUCCCCUACCCAAGACCAGGAACUUGUCCCGGUGGAGCCUUCACACCUGACAUCCAAACAACUAAAGAGUUCCCUGAUGAUGUGGUGAACUUUGUCCGCAACCACCCGGUCAUGUUUAACCACAUUUACCCGGUGGGACGGAGACCCCUGGUGGUUCGAAGCAACGCCGACUAUAAAUACACCUCUGUGGCCGUGGAUCAGGUCGCGGCUGCAGAUGGAAACUACCAGGUGCUUUUCUUGGGCACAGAUAAAGGAACGAUACAGAAAGUGAUUGUGCUGCCGAGCAACCAAUCCCUGCAGGAAGAUCUGAUCCUGGAGGAGCUGGAAGUCUUUAAGAAUCAAGCUCCUGUCACAAACCUCAGGAUAUCCUCCAAAAAACAACAGCUGUACGUCAGCUCCGAGUUUGGGGUCUCGCAGGUCUCCCUGCACCGCUGCCACGCCUACGGCUCGGCCUGCGCUGACUGCUGCCUCGCCAGAGACCCCUACUGCGCCUGGGACGGACUGAGCUGCUCGCGCUUCUAUCCAUCUGGCAAAAGGAGAAGCAGAAGGCAGGAUAUCAUGCAUGGAAAUCCACUCGUUCAGUGUCGAGGAUUUAAUUUAAAAGCCUACAGGAACGCCGUCGAGAUAAUGCAGUAUGGCGUGAAAAACAACACCACCUUCCUGGAAUGCGUUCCAAAGUUUCCUCGGGCGUCGAUUCGCUGGCUCAUCCAGAGGGACAACGACAGGAGGAAGGAGGUGAAGCUGGGUGAGCGUGUCCUCUCCACCGAGCACGGCCUCCUCAUCCGCUCCCUCCAGCAGUCGGACCAGGGCCUCUACUAUUGCCUGACCACCGAGAACGGCUUCAAACGCACCGUGGCCAAGAUCCGUCUGCGCGUGCUGAGCGAGGCCAUGGUGAGGGUGCUGACAGACAAACAGCAGUCCCCCUGGGCCUGGGCCAGCUCUCUGCGCCCUAAGGCCGUGCUCGAGGCCUUCAGCCCCGCGGAGAGUCUGGCUGUGCAGCAGUUCUGCAAAGAGAGGAAGGACUUUCGGAGGCUGCAGCAGCAACAAGCACCACUGCCGCCUGGAAUCCUCAGGGGGGAUCUGGCCAAACUGAAACCCCUGUUGGAUCGGAGGAAGAGCCGCAACAGACGCAACGACCCGCCAGAAGCCUGAACGGACACACACACCUUCCUCUGAUCCAACACACUUCAAAGCAACUAUAAACUGCUGUUUUUUGUUCUGGUUUCAGCUCUCAUACAGCAAAAUGAGAAUCUUGAUUUGGGAACUUUCUAUUCAGUGCUGUCCCUUUUUUAUGCAUGUGGUAAUACACACAGCUGUUUAUUUGCUGUGAUUACAAAAAAAACUGGCCUCAGCAGAUAAUUCACACAUUAAAUCCACUUUAUUUUAUUCCACUUUAACUUCUGAAUGAAUGAAGUGAAUCAGGUGGAUAUUAUAUCCAAGUUUGGGUAAAAGGCAAAGUUUAAAAGCAUAGUGGUGAAUAAAAGGGACAAAAGGAGCACAACUAUGGGAAUUUUACAAGGAUAUUAUUUCAUUAACAAAAUACUAACAAAAGAACUAUUUUAGAAGAAACUACACAGCCUUUCAGGGGAAUAUUUGAGGUAAGUUUACACACUGUCAAAAAAGCAUCAAAUAUUUUAAAAAAAGAGCAUUGGAUUAAGAAUACCGUAUUUAAUCCAAAGCAUGAACAUGAAUUUACAUCGAUGGCUGUUUUAAUCCCAAAAUAAAGUUUAACUACAGUGGCCUUGAGGCAAAAAAACCCCACAAAAUCACAAAAAUUUACAAA